AUGGCCACUCAUAGAAGUUGGCUUGUGGCUAUUGUGUAUACNCAGCAAUUGGGCUCAAAGAACUUGAUGACUGGUACUAUAGCAGAUAUAACACAGUUAAAAGAGUUCCUAAGCGUUUACAAUACUCUAACGGAACGUUGUUUCAACAGUUGUGUUCGUGAGUUCAACAACCAUCAGCUAGUGGGCGACGAAGUGAAUUGUACAUGGAACUGUAUUGAUAAGCAGAUGAAUGUGAAUCGUCGGUUGAUGUUGAUAUUUGCCGAAAUAGCACCGAAGACUAUCUUUAAAUCAGCCGAUCAGACCACUGCUCCUCCCACAACUCUUCCAGCAACCGACAACAUCAAAUUUGGGAGUCGAUCAGAUUUUUUCAAUGGCGAACGACCGAACACCCAAUCGGUGGCCAUUGACAGGGCCAACGUUAGUCGUCAAGGAAGUGGAGAAAUGUCGAUGAUAUCAGAGCACGGUUACCGACUGGAUGGGCGCCGUCCAGAACAAAUUCGCAAUCUGAAUUAUAAACUAGGUGUUUAUGCUCAGGCAGAUGGUUCAGCGUACUUGGAACAAGGCAAUACGAAGGUAUUGUGUGCUGUAUACGGUCCGCACGAACCACGACGCAGGAAUCGAACUCAAGAAGAUCGAUGUCAAAUCAAUUGUCAAUAUAGUAUGGCCACAUUUUCAACAAACGAGCGAAAGGUUCGUUUUUUGAACGUCCUCGAGGCAGAUGGCAGUCAUCUAGCGGCUUGUAUCAAUGCGGCCAGUUUAGCGUUAUCUGACGGUGGAGUGGCUAUGCGUGGCCUAUUGUCGGCGGCGUCGUGUGCGUGUGCAGUGGACGGUACACCGUGUGUGGAUUUGAAUGCUCGUGAAGAGACAGCACAGAUACCGCGAUUGACUAUUGCGGUGAUUUUGUCGAGUGAAGACGCAAAUGAAGACGCCACUCUAACGACUGAUAAGACUGCGACUGAGAAUGAGAAGGGCGAUGGUGAGGAAGUGCAGAUCGUGCUGUCCGAAUUGCGAAACAAACUGCAUCGUGAUCAUCUACUGCCAAUGUUACAAUCGGCCAAAUUGGCCGCCAAACAUUUUCAUUCGUGCCUUCAACUUGCACUCUCAACACAUUUGUCGUCAACGAUUGGCAUUAGCGAAGAAACGGAUUUGGCUAUGGUUGCUGAUAGCGCUGAUAUGAUAACGUGA